AUGGGACCAGACUACGCCGACGUUGCUCGGCCGCUGGUUGAUCUAACGCGUAAAGACGUCAGUUUCAAAUGGACAGAGCUUCACACGCAAGCGGUGCGGCAGCUCAAACAGCGUUUAAUAGACUUCACUACCUUACAGGUCCCCGACACGACGAAGCCCUUCGAGUUAUACACAGAUGCCUCUGGUUACGCAGUCGGAGCAGUUCUUGAACAAGACGGUAAACCCAUCGGCUUCCUCAGUCAAGUCAUGAACCCCACGCAGCAGAGAUACUCGAUCUACGAUCAGGAACACUUGGCGUUGGUCACGGAGCUGGACAAGUGGGCGCACUUGCUCCGUGUCUCCAAGGUGACGGCUUUCACGGAUCAUCAAGCUCUAACCCAUCUCCAACGACUCCAAGCAUCGAAGCCUCUGCGCGGACGCACCGCCCGGUGGCUAGACUUCCUUGCAGAGUUCCCGGAUUUGCACAUCACGUAUGUUCAGGGAGCGCGCAAUCAAGUUGACGACGCCUUGUCUCGCCGUCCCGGCCUCUCUAACACCUGCUCGCACGACACACCAUCGGCACCGCUGAUGCUCGCAACAGGAGAAGCGAGCGCGGCUCCCAGCUCCCGCGGUCCGCCUCCCAACUAUCGCGAGCUCGCCGGAAUUCGCCCGCGCCGCCCUCGACGACACAGCACGCAGUCUGCGCCUUCCCCUGCGCCGCAGGAACCCAACCCAGAGCCGGAACCUCCUGCACUUACAACGAAGGCUCCCGCUGGUCCCCCGGACGCGCGCCAUUGGCUGCAAGCGUACUCGAAGUGUCCUGUUUUUCGAGUUCCCUACGAAGACGCAGCAAACCAACCAGGAGAAGCUCUGCAGAUCGAGUUCUGUCACCGCCAAUCUACCUUUCGCUACGUAGAGCCUUACCUGCACAUCCGCGUUCAUGGACUGUGGCGCAUCUGCGUCCCCCAGUUCCCUGAGUUCCUUACUCACGUUCUGCAUUCGCAUCACGACCAUGUCACAGCCGGCCAUCGAGGGCAGAAAAAGACCUUUGCAGCCCUCAGCAAGCUCUACUACUGGCCUGGAAUGCGUGCCUAUACCACCGCUUAUGUUGAGUCAUGCACCCACUGUCGCGCUUCAAAAUCCCUUAACCAGAAGCCUGCAGGCCUUCUUCAACAGUUGCUCAUCCCUUCUCGUCGAUGGGCACACGUGAGCCUCGAUUUCAUCACAGAUCUUCCCCUUACAUCGACAGGGCACGACUCGAUCCUUGUCAUGGUCGAUUGCCUCAGCAAGAUGCCUCAUCUCGUUCCUGCAAAGAAAUCUUUCACAGCAGCAGACACCGUGGAGCUCCUCGCAGACCGCCUUAUCCGCUACCAUGGAUUUCCAGAGGCGCUUAUAUCGGACCGAGACUCCCGCUUCCAGUCGGAUCUUUGGAACCAACUCUGCCGCCGCUUUAACAUCAAACGGUGCAUGUUCUCGUCCUACCAUCACCAAAGCGACGGCCAAACUGAACGGGUUAACCGCACACUGGAGCAGAUGCUUCGUACCUAUAUCAAAUCUGACGAACGCGAGUGGGAGCGUUUGCUUCCGGCCUUGGAACUUGCCUACAACACAACAAGUCAUUCAUCCACUGAGUUCUCUCCCUUCGAGGUCAUGAUUUUCGAGAACCCGUUGGCUGCUGCGGACCUUGAUACCGUAGGCGCGUUAGCUCCUACGCUGACUCCUCCGAUGACUAUGCUUUUCCGGCAGCUCUGCGACAGAGCACAGAGUCACAUCCUGAAGGCCAAAUGGCAGCAGAAGUACUACGCAGACACAAAGCAUCGAGCAGUGGAGUAUGCGGUGGAAGACAAGGUCUGGCUCAGCAGCAGGCACCUACCGCCUUUCCACAGCUGCCCUAAGUUCGAGCCCCGUUACCGCGGGCCCUUCGAAGUCAUCGAACGCAUAGGAACUGUCGCUUACCGUCUCGCUGUGCCUCCCACCUAUGAAUGCCAUAACGUUUUCCACGUUUCGCAGCUAGUUCGGUUCCCUCGGCAGCCGACGCCGCCUGGCCUCCUAUGCACGAUGCAGCAGGCAAUCCCACAGAGGAAUACGAAGUCGACUAAAUAA